GCGGUCAUCGGCUCGUAAAAUACAAAUUUACGGCCCGGAGUGUUUCGCAGAUGACCAUGUCUACCUUGCGCAGGCUGCGGGAGGCGCCACGACACUUGCUGGUAUGUGAGAAGUCCAACUUCGGCCAUGUCAAGUCCCGGCACCGGCAGCACGUGGAGACGCACUACCACAACUACAGGGUAUCAUUUCUGAUUCCUGAAUGUGGGGUAUUAUCAAAAGAACUGAAAAAUCUUGUCAUGGAUUUUGGACCAUACUACUUGGUGAAGGAUUUACCUCUUCAUGAAUUAAUUGCACAAGAGUUCAUCAAUAACUUUGUGAAAAAAGGUUCCUGUUAUGCCCUAACAUACAAUACAAAUAUCGAUCAAGACAAUACUGUUGCCCUGUUACCCAAUGGAAAACUCAUUUUGUCCCUGGAUAAGGACACUUAUGAAGAAAUUGGACUUCAAGGUCGCCCAUCUCAGUACUCUGGCAGAAAAGUCAUGAGAUAUAUUGUUACCCUUGAUUUGAUGGAUCCGUCCUUCAAUCCUGAGUCUAAGAAGUAUAAAAGAGCAUCUUGGGCCUUGAAUGAAAAGAAACCACUGGAAUUCAGUUUCCUUUUGGCUUGGCAUCAUGAAGGUACAGAAGAGUCAACAAUCACAUCAUACUUUUCCAAAUACCAAAUUCAGGAGCAUCAGCCAAAAGUAACAUUGAGCACAUCACGAGAUCUUCAGUGUCCUUUGCUACAGAGCGGAGCACUUGAAGGAAAGCCUGAAGAAUCAUGUGGUGCAGCAGAACUCUUUGACUGGCUUGGUGCUGUCUUCAGCAAUGUGGAAUUAAAUAAUCACGCAUUCAGUUUUGUAUCAACCUAUUGCUGUCCUCAGCCAAGUGUAUUGGUGGAAAAAGCUUACUUGUGCACAAUUACUGGCUUCAUAGUCUCUGAGAAGAUACGCCUGCUACUGGAACAGCUGUGCUGCAAGGCAGGCCAAGCCAAGACUGGGAGCUGGUAGACCAAGGACUGCAUAGGACAAUGAACCAGCAAAUCCCUGCAGCUUGAAGAGAGCCAACUUUGUGGUUUGUUUGUGUGAACUGAGAACUGAAAGGAUGAACUAAAUACUGUACCCUCGUGUCUCAGGCAAUUAAAAGAAGGCAGGAACACUGGGCUAGGGUCAGCAUUAAAGGAUUUGUAUUUCACUGGAGGGAGCAGACAAAAAGCACCAGUGAGAAGAUCAACUUUAGACACACUGUAUGGUUGUGAUUGGUGAUCCAAUGAUCAAGGUGAAAUUCCUUUUGAUUUGGUUCAAAAUGUCCUGUUGGGUAUGAAUUGGAAAAUAUUCACUAAAGCCAGAAAUGAGGCUUUUCCUGCAGCUUCCAAGGUUGUCAGUACUGAUUACCGCAGAAAGACUAGAUGUAUACAACACAGUAGUUCUUGGGGCAGCUAGAUGGCGCUGUGGUUAAAGCACCGGCCCUGGAUUCAGGAGUACCUGAGUUCAAAUCCGGCCUCAGACACUUGACACUUACUAGCUGUGUGACCCUGG